AUGCCAGCCCAUAUCCUUCACCCGCGCGCAGUUUCAGAUGUUAUCAAGCUCAAUGGCCUUCCCAUAGGCUUCAUCCCCGAUGUCGGCUCGGAUGGAGGUAGCGUCCAAUCGAUGGUCGCCAUCAACGGCUUACUCGCAGGUCGGGGCCAAUCUUAUACGUAUGGAUUCUAUGAUCAAACUACCUAUGGAACCAUCUAUAACGGCGCCAAGCUGCUCGCCCAUGCUCCGGACAUUUACGCCUCUGGUGCUAUUCUUGAAGCAUCCAUCAUGCCUGUUGGUUCAUGGGGUGGCUUUACCGCAACAGACAACUCGCAAGCUCGGGCUGUAUGCCAGGUGUUGAAACGGUUUACAGACGCUGGAGUUGAGGUUAGGUUAAGGUUUGCUCACGAGGUAAACUACUAUGUCACAACGGGAGAGUAUGCUCCAAUGAACGAUAUGGGUGUAUCUGAGUUCAAAACUGCUUGGGCACAGGUUUCGGCCGCUUGUAAAACUAUCGCACCCUCGGUCAAGAUGUUUUACUGUCCCAAUGCCGCUAAUCUUGAAGUUUACGAACAAUACAUGCCAGAUAACUUCAACUCCACAGUCCAAAUGAUCGGUGUCGAUUACUACCCACCGACAAACAACCUCGCUACCGCAGCAAACUAUAUCCAAACGGUCAAACCUUUCCACGACAAGUAUUCCUCCAGCUCCGUCCCCUUUGUCAUUGCAGAGGCCGGGACUCAUCAGAGGGACAGCACCAUUCAAGACCGCAUCAGUUGGUUACAGGUACUUACUUCUGAUCAGGUGAAAGAACAACUGCCUAACUUGGAGUCGGUCACUUGGUACAACGCACUUAGAAAGACGGAUGUAUUGUCGACAGGCGUUGGUGGCGAGUUUAGGAUCUUGGAUCCUGCAAACUCUACUUUUCCCAACCAGAACGCUGUGCAGCUCUUCCCUACCGUGACCAACGCGCAGGCAAGUAUCAGUGCCCUUAGUGUAGCUACCGCUGCGACGGCGACGGCGACGGCGACAGGUGCCGGCGUCCAGAGUUUGCCGCCUAGUUUGCGGACUCCAGCGAACAGUUCAGCCGCCAGCAAGAGGAGUGCUAGUUGGGGUGCCAGCGCAGUGACUGCUUUGGCGAUCAUUUCUGCUCUGCGUUAUCUCUAG